UAGAUAGAUGGAGCACAACGGCCGAGUUAGCAUCUCAACAUCAUUUUGCUGGCCUAUAUACACUAGCGACUGCAAUUGUGCAACCAUCAGAUUCAGCGCUGUGCGAACGCAAAUGGCGGACGAGACUGGCCACGACAUGAAGCUGCUGACGCCACACGGCAUCAACGGCGGCGCCAAGCCACCGACGCCGGUGGUGGACAAGACGCUGUCCGGCGCCUGCGACAUCAUCAAGCUCCUGCCGACGGGCACGGUGCUCGCCUUCCACGCCCUGGCGCCGUCCUUCAGCAACCACGGCGCCUGCGGCUCGGCCAGCCGGUACCUCACCCUUGCGCUCAUCGGCGCCUGCGCUGCUUCCUGUGUGCUGCUCUCCUUCACCGACAGCCUGGUCGGCCGCGACGGGCGCCUCUACUACGGAGUGGCCACGCCACGGGGCUUCUACCCGUUUAACUUCGACGGCACGAGCGACGAGAGGAGUCACAAGUUCGGGGACCUGCCCAGGAUGAAGGUCAGGGCGCUGGACUUCGUGCACGCGCUCAUCUCGGCUGCCCUGUUCGUCGUCGUCGCGCUCGGCAACGCCGGCAUACAGAGCUGCUUGUUCCCGGACCUCGGGACGGACCUUAGGGAGGUGCUGACGAAUCUGCCGGUAGGGCUAGGGUUCCUGUCCAGCGUCGUGUUCAUGAUCUUCCCGACUACAAGGAAGAGCAUUGGGUACACGGACUUGAUGCCUCACCAACAGGAAGACGAUGCGAAAGUAAACUUCCUUGGGCACGUCGGCUAGCUGUACGAUGAACUAAGAACAUACAAAUAUACAAUAGCUUUGUUAUUUUCAAGUGUUUGAAACCAACUAAUUUCUCAGUCCCCAUCCUGCUUAGAUGCUGAUCUAAGGGGCUAGGAUGAUGAGUAAAGAACAAGUUGAUUUCAAACACUUGAAAAUUAGUCAGACCAACCAAACAAAGCUAAUAAGGAUGACAUUAUUAUAGUAGUUAGUAUGUGUAUUGCAUUGGUAUGGUCUGCAUCGUAGGUCAUGAAGUCGUACGUGUGUAAUGUUGUGGGACUGUUUGAGCAUUUGUAAAUCAAUAUCUACUACUUUCAUUC